AAUAUUGUAAUCUCUAUGAUUCCGACUGAAGGACUCUCUAUCCAUGGUUAUGAAAUAAAUAAAAAAAAAGUACCUUGUGCCCAGUUGAGACUUGACAGUUGACACAAAUAAAAGCCAUAAAAAAAACAGUUCCAGAAAUACCUAAUAAAACUUCUGAUGAAAACCCACAGAAAGUGUAAAUGACGAAAGUGUAUUGUGAUAGUUUGUGAAUUUGUGUUAAGAUUGUUUUAAUUACUGUCAUUUGAUUAUUAAUUGUAAUUCAAUUAGUUAAUAUGUCUUCGUCUGAUUCGGAAGACGACUAUUACGGUAGCUCUCUAAUAAACUUUCAAAAGUUAAAAAAUACUUACAAGGAAGACAAAAUCGAGACAGCGGAAUUACUGAAGGAUUUAUCUGUGCAAACAGUUUUAGAAUCUAAAGGUCAUACCGCAGUUAACACCACAAGCUUCACACCUGUUGUUGAAACCGAGAUAAGUACUAUUGCUCAAAACUUGGUAAGACAAAAAAGAUCUCAAACAAAUAAGGGGGCAAUUUCAAAGCGAAGCGGUAGAGGCUCUACACAGGGUAGAGGCAGCAAAAAUAAACCCAAGCAGUCUAAGAGUACUGAAGAUAUUAACACAGAUACUUCACCUAAUAAUUUUAACGUGGCAGCUGUGAAAAGGUCCAUAUCACAACGACCUAGAAGAAGUCAUUGUAUUGAUGCAAAACGUAACCAACGUAACGGUCAGACAAAUGUGAAAGACAAACAGACAAUAUAUAGUGUCGGUGACACAGAGGAGUACAUAGAUUUAACAAAUGAUUCUCCAGCUGAAGACGAUCCACUUUUUGACCAAAUUAUUGCUCAAGACCUGGUAAGACAAAAAAGAUCUCAAACAAAUAAGGGGGCAAUUUCAAAGCGAAGCAGUAGAGGCUCUACACAGGGUAGAGGCAGUAAAAAUAAACCCAAGCAGUCAACGAGUACUGAAGAUAGUAACACAGAUAUUUCACCUAAUAAUUUUAACGUGGCAGCUGUGAAAAGGUCCAUAUCACAACAACCUAGAGGAAGACAUUCUAUUGAUACAAAACGUAACAGACAUAAUAUUCAGAGAAAUGUGGAAGACAAACAGACAAGAUAUAGAUUCUGUAACAUAGAGGAGGACGAAGAUUCAUCAAAUGAUUCUCUAACUGAAGACGAUACACUUUUUGCUCAAAACUUGGUAAGACAAAAAAGAUUUCAACCAAAUAAGGGGGCAAUUUCAAGGUCCUUAUCACAACCUAGACGCCAUCAUUCUAUUAAUACAGAACAUAACCGUCAAAGAAAUGUGGUAAACGAACAGAUAAUAUAUAGUGUCGGUAACACAGAAGAGUACCAAGAUUUAUCAAGUGGUGUUCUACUGUUUAAUACAAAGCCUCUGUUAACAGUAGCAGAUAAUGACCUGUUAGAUGAAAAUGAAGAACUAUCAGUAAAGGUAUACUGGCGUAGUUCAGAAAUUGUCAAGUUCACAAUACGUAGGUACCAGAAAUUAUUGCAAAUAUUUGAUUUUUUUGCUAAAAAGGAGAAUAUAACAACAGCUAAAAUUUUAUUGUUAUAUAAUGAUAUGAUUUUAAAACCUGAUGACACACCAGAUAAGAUAGAUUAUAAAAUCUCAAAGUUUAUAGAAGGAGGCAUAGUUAAUUCUGUACCAAUAUUAGAUAGUAUUGAGGAAUUUGGCAAUGGGAUUGAAUUGAAAUUUCAAUGUCAAAAUGUAAAGAAGCCAUUUAUUAUACGUGUGCAAAAGGAAGACAAAUUCCAAACAGCCAUGUUGAAAUGUUCUGAGUACUUUGAAAAGCCAUUUAAAACUCUAAAAUUUGUCUUUGAUGGAGAUGCUAUUCAAGGUUCAAUGACGCCUGAAGAAUUGGAAUUGGAAGGAGGCGAGUGUAUUGAUGUAAAGGUCGUUGCUUAAUGCUUAAUAACAACUAUCUCUAUAAAAUUUCAUCUUUUUCAAUUGUAUUUAGUCAUCUCUAUUAAUAUGAACUUGUUAUUGUGACCUUUGUUAUAUUAUUAUUUAACUUUAUUAUAUAUUUAAAUUUGACUAUUAACGAUAAGUAUGAUUUUAAACUUUGACAUUCGACACUCAAAGGUCGCGCUAGUGCUAUGUCAAUAUGUGUUAAAAAUAGUGUAAGUUAUUCACACACUACUCUGGGUGCGUUCCACUUUUAUUAUAUUAUUAUUUAAAUUUAUUAUAUAUUUAAAUUUGACUAUUAACGAUAAGUAUGAUUUUAAACUUUGACAUUCGACACUCAAAGGUCGCGCUAGUGCCUAUGUCAAUAUGUGUUAAAAAUAGUGUAAGUUAUUCACACACUACUCUGGGUGCGUUCCACUUUUAUUAUAUUAUUAUUUAAAUUUGACUAUUAACGAUAAGUAUGAUUUUAAACUUUGACAUUCGACACUCAAAGGUCGCGCUAGUGCUAUGUCAAUAUGUGUUAAAAAUAGUGUAAGUUAUUCACACACUACUCUGGGUGCGUUCCACUUUUGUUAUAUUAUUUUUUAAAUUUAUUAUAUAUUUAAAUUUGACUAUUAACGAUAAGUAUGAUUUUAAACUUUGACAUUCGACACUCAAAGGUCGCGCUAGUGCUAUGUCUAGUUGUCGCCAUGUGUGCUGCUUUUAGUUUUAAAAAUUGCGCUCAGUUACUCAAAACGCUCACAUCCAUCCCAGACCCACCUCUUGAGAUGGGUCGUCGUGAGCUUAGCGUGAGCAUAAGUAAUGACCUCAUUAAUUAAGUUUUCGCCGCGACCACAACGAUCGCGGUCGCCAUGUGGAACGCCUGAAUUUUAGGCGUUGUGAACGCUUAGUGGAACGCACCCUCUGACAUAGGCGCCUGUUAAGUAUUGGACGUAUCUUAAUCCAUCAUUAAAAGCAGACAUUGACAAAUAAUGAACUGACGUAUCACAUGAAAUACUUUGUGUGACAGGCGACGAACGAAACCCGUGUGUCAAUGUCAAAUGCGUUUUUAAAAAGUUGGCAUGCGCGGCCCAGUGAGAUGUAUGUGAUAAUUUAAUUAUUUAGAAUAGUAUUUUUAAUUUGAAUACGUUUUAAGUUCUAGAUUAAAUGAAAUUAAUUUCU